UUAGUGGCAGGCAUUAGCUAGCGUCCAAUCCGGUAUCAUUGGGUCGUCAUAUCCCCUCAUUGAAGUCUACAUUUAAAAUGGUUUGGUAAGAGUUAGUCUAACGUUGCAAUACCUCAAAUCACGUCUAUGGAAGCCUGGAUCUCGACGAUGCUAGAGAGAGACCAUGGAUGAUGAUAAUCACAGAUUAUUUCAAAGAGUUGCAGAGAAACUGGGCUGGUCAGAGAAGGGAGGAUUGGAAACAGCAGAACAACAGCUGAUUAAGAGCGUCGGUAAGACUCGGCGUCUGGCCACAGGCUAUCAUGGCUCCAGGGGUGCUCAAAACCUUCCUCCCCCAGUCCAGAUACAUCUGCCUGACACUGAGGAAGAGGAUGACGGAGGCCCAGGAAAGAGAACCAGGUCUCCAAGGGCAACGGUUACAGGACCAAGGUCUUAAUGGAGUCCAGUGACGAUGAUUUUGACCAGUUUCUUGUGGAGCAGGCUACACCCAAAACUGCUUCUCGGAAACAUUGCAGUUCUGCUAAGAAAGUCAGUGAACCAGUCCUUGUAUUAAGCUCAGACAGUGAUGACCACUUUGAAAACUUCCUGAGCCGUGUGAAAACUCCCAAGCCGAAGCCCAAGGAAGCAGAGCGUGGCAGUGGAGACCAGUACAGUGGAGACAGCCUCAGAAACUUCAUUGUCGACAGCUUUUCCUCCGAUGAUGACUUUGUCGUUGAGAGGAAGAAAAAACCUACCUCUAAAGGUGCCUUUAAGACCCCAAAGCCGUCAUCCUUCCAGACCCCGGUCAGAAGACCCUUGUCCCAGUGUAACACUCCAGUUUUCCUCAGCGACAGUGAAGAAGAUGAUGGUAUUGUGAUGAAGAGCAAGUGGAGGACAUGCCACCCUGUGCACCAGCCGCCGCCACAGACGCACAAAGUCAACGUCCUACAAAGUAACCAGAAGGGCAACAUCUUCUUUCCCUCUCCCUGCCCUCCUCCUCUGCCUUCCCUCUCUCCCUCCCCUCCUCCUCUGCCUUCCCUCUCUCCUUCCCCUCCUCCUCUCCGCUCCUCCUUCACCCCCUCCCUGACCCCCCUUCCACAGCGGACCCACUCAGCCCUGUCGAAGCUGGAGGACUCAGCCAGCUCAGAGGAAGAGUUCCUCAGCUUACUGGACAGAAUUAAGAAGAACCACAAGACCGGCAACACCCCAACACCUAAACCCAACACAGGGGCCAAUCAGAAGCCCCCCCUGUCAACUCCACGGCAAAAAGCCUCGAAAGAGGUGUGCCCUCGGCCGUUGGUGAGAACGCCCUUGGAUCUGAAGACCCCAGUGCGGCCGCUCGUCUCUAAACCCGCUGUGUCCCAGCCGGAAUCCAGACUCAAGACCAGUGGCCUUUCUUCCUCCAGUGGAUCAGCAGGGUGUAUGACUCCUGGGUGUUUCCUCCAGUCUCUGUCUGGACCAGGCUCCAGCUACAGCCGCAACUUCAAACAGACCAAGGAGGAGCUCACCAGCAAACUGUAUCGCCUGUACAACACCAGCGUGUUCGACAGCAAGCUGCCCAGUAACAUGUCAGUGAGCUGGAAUAACAAGAUGAGAAAGACUGCUGGCUACUGCGUCACAGGGCAGGAGAGAGGAGGAGGGAACCGAUACGCACGUAUCCAACUCUCGGAGAAAGUCUGUGACUCUGCAGACCGUCUGCGUGACACGUUAGUCCAUGAGAUGUGCCACGCUGCCACCUGGUUGAUCAACGGUGUGAGGGAUGGACACGGCCCCUUCUGGAAGCUGUACGCCCGCAAGGCCACGCUGGCACACCCCGAGCUGCCUGUGGUCACCCGCUGCCACAGCUACGACAUUAACUACAAGUACCAGUACCAGUGCAGCCGCUGCAAAAACACACUCGGUCGUCACUCUAAGUCUCUGGACACCCAGAGGUUUGUGUGUGCCCUCUGUACGGGUCAGCUGGUCCUGCUCACCCCCGCCAAGCCCCGGGCGCCCACACCCUUUGCCAACUUUGUCAAGGAGAACUAUGGCAGUGUUCGCCAAAACCUGGUGGGUCAGAGCCACGGUGAGGUAAUGAGGAAACUCAGUGUUGACUUCGCCUCCAAGACUAAACUCAGCCAGAACUGAGAAGGAGAGAGAGAGAGAGAGAGUGUGUGAAAGAGAUGAGGUGGAAUCAUUCUAACCUGGAUUAGACCUACAUUACUCUCGUCUCCUGGACUCUAAAGCACUCUUGAUAAAGCACUCUUGAUAAAGCACUCUUGUUCAGUAGUAUCUGUAAAACCCUGUCUGAACAUCUUCAUUCCUUGAAGAUUUCCACUGCUCUGAAGCAAUGGUGGAAUCCUUCUCUUUCAUCCAUCCUAAUGUCGUAGAUUAGUGGGAUCCUUCUCUUUCAUCCAUCCUAAUGUCGUAGAUUAGUGGGAUCCUUCUCUUUCAUCCAUCCUAAUGUCGUAGAUUAGUGGGAUCUUCAAGUUGAUAGGUCUGUCUUAAAUACCUCUGUGUAUGUAUCAGGUUUUCAGAGGCAGCUAUGGUGAGUCUGUCAUUCCUCUGUAGCUGGCGUCUCACCGGUACAGUGAAAUGAGCCAAGAGACACACUGGACAGUGAUUUAAAGGCAUCGUGAAUCAGUCACAUUGUUGAGCCUGUGACAUGGAUUCAUACCCUUCAAAUAUCAUUUUGUGACCAACUGCUUUGAAUUACUUGAAAUAUGAAUCAGGAAAUGGUUCCAUGAAGUUUCAUAGAAGGCCGAUCUGGCAACUUCACGUACAAUUUGUUACAUUUUGUCUUGUUUUGUUUGUUUUUUUCAUGUUUUGUUUUUGAAUAAAGAUUUCAUGUUUUACA